AUGGGUAACGACGGCAGUGAGGAUGGGAGUCCUAAAGAACAUAUUAUCUUGCAUGGUGAACUGGAUUUGUGGAUUAUAGAAGCUAAAGCUCUUCCAAAUAUGGAUUUACCUUCAGAAAGAAUGAGACGGUGUUUCACCAUGUUUGGGACUUGCUCUACUCCCUUCGGUAAUAGGCCAACUAAAACAGCUUCGGGAAAGCAGGCAAUGAUUACAAGUGAUCCUUAUGUGUCUGUUUGCCUAGCCGGAGCAACUGUUGCUCAAACCAGAAUAAUUUCAAACUGCGAGAAUCCUUCGUGGGAAGAACAUUUUUGCGUACCUGUUGCUCACCCUGUUGUGAAGGUGGAGUUUCAUGUCAAAGAUAACGAUGUUCUUGGAGCAGAACUUAUUGGAGUAGUGGAGAUAUCUGUUGAUAAAAUCAUUUCGGGAAAGCCACUUAAUGAUUGGUUUCCGAUUAUUGGCAAUCAUGGGAACUGUUUAAAACCUUUUCCUGAACUGCAUGUUUCUAUUCAGUUUAAGCCAGUUGAAGGUAACCCGUUGUAUAAGAAUGGUGUUGGCGCUGGGCCCGACUAUAAAGGAGUUCCUAAUACAUAUUUUCCCCUUCGCAAAGGAGGGAGUGUCACUUUAUAUCAAGAUGCUCAUGUACCUAACAAUAUGCUGCCUGAAAUUGUACUGGACGGAGGGAAAAUUUUUCAGCAAGGUAAGUGCUGGGAAGACAUAUGUCAUGCCAUCUUGGAAGCUCAGCACCUUAUAUAUAUUAUAGGCUGGUCAGUGUACCACCGUGUUAAGCUUGUAAGGGAGCCAACAAAGCCGCUACCUUCUGGAGGAGAGCUGGCGCUUGGGGAGUUGUUGAAGUACAAGUCACAAGAAGGGAUUCGCGUUGUCAUGCUGAUCUGGGAUGAUAAAACUUCACAUGACAAAUUAUUUUUGAAAACGGAAGGCGUCAUGCAGACCCAUGACGAGGAAACCAAAAGGUUUUUCAAACAUUCCAGUGUUCAUUGUGUUCUUUCUCCUCGUUAUGCGAGCAAUAAGCUUAGUAUUUUCAAGCAACAGGUUGUGGGAACCCUUUUUACGCAUCAUCAGAAAUGUGUGCUUCUUGACACAGCUUCUGGGAAUAAUCGGAAAAUAACCGCUUUCAUUGGUGGCCUGGAUAUGUGUGACGGAAGAUAUGACACUCCGGAGCACAGGCUCUUUAAAGAUGUCGGCUCAAUCUUUCAAAAUGAUAUUCAUAAUCCUACAUUCCCUCCUAACGAUCAUGGCCCAAGGGAACCAUGGCAUGAUUUACACUGUAAAAUUGAGGGUCCUGCUGCAUAUGAUAUAUUGACAAAUUUUGAACAAAGAUGGAGAAAGGCAAAAAAGCGCGACUUCAAGAUAAAAAAGGUCACUAAUAGACAUGAUGAUGCCUUGAUAAGGCUUGACCGAGUUUCAUGGAUAGUCUCUCCAACUUCUAAUCGUGAUGGUGAACAAAAUGUACGUGUUAGCAGUGAAGAAGAUCGUGAGAACUGGCAUGUUCAGGUAUUCAGGUCCAUUGACUCAGGAUCUGUAAAGGGAUUUCCGAAGGGCGUCCAGGAUGCUGAAGCGCAGAAUCUUAUUUGUGGAAAGAAUUUGAAAAUAGAUAAGAGCAUCCAUGUUGCAUAUAUUAAAGCUAUACGAUCAGCUCAACGCUUUAUAUACAUAGAGAAUCAGUACUUUGUUGGAUCUUCAUUCUACUGGCCGUCGUACAAAAAUGCAGGUGCAGAUAACUUGAUACCGAUGGAACUGGCCCUAAAAGUUGCCAGCAAAAUCAAAGCAAAUGAGCGUUUCUCGGUGUAUAUAGUAGUACCUAUGUGGCCAGAGGGUGUCCCAACUGCCUCUGCUACUCAGGAAAUUUUAUACUGGCAGGCGCAGACAAUGGGUAUGAUGUACCAGGUUGUUACAAGUGCCCUUCAAGAUGCAGGCCUUUUCGAUCAGUAUCAUCCGCAGGAUUAUUUGAACUUUUACUGCCUCGGUAACCGUGAGGCUCCAUCUUCAUCCCAACCUCAUCAGCCAACCGAUAAUCGUGGACUGUUGUUAGCGCAAAAGUUCCGGCGGUUUAUGAUUUAUGUUCAUGCCAAAGGGAUGAUAGUUGAUGAUGAGUAUGUAAUCAUGGGAUCUGCAAACAUUAACCAAAGAUCAAUGGACGGUUCAAGGGACACAGAAAUUGCUAUGGGGGCUUACCAACCACACCAUACAUGGGCUGCAGAAAAAAACCUUCAUCCACACGGCCAGGUAUAUGGUUAUCGGAUGUCAUUGUGGGCUGAGCACCUGGGCGGAGUUGAGGAUACUUAUCAAGACCCCGAGAGCCUUGAAUGCGUGAAGCGUGUUAACGACAUCGCGAAGCUUAACUGGAAAGCAUUUGUGUCUGAAGAGCAUAGGGAGAUGAAGGGACACUUGAUGACAUACCCAGUUCAGAUUGGGAGAGAUGGACGAGUAAGUUCGUUGCCUGGAUACGAAUCGUUUCCUGAUGUUGGUGGUAAAAUAAUGGGAGCCCCCACCAGUCUUCCGGAUGCCCUAACAACAUAACCAGUUGAAAUUGUAACUUGGGAGUCAAGGCACCAACAUAUGAUGUACAGUGUGGAUGUAGUCUUUAAAUCUAAAACCUUAAUGGUGAUGUUGUACAGUGUCAUCCGAACAUGUCUUUAUGAUGUCAUGAAUUAUAUUCAGCACUUCGAGAUGGUCAAUUGCUGAUUAGAAUAUUAUUGUAUGG